UACUGCUUCUCCAACACCACACAAGUCCUGAAUGUCUCCAGGCCAACUGGCUUUUGCUCCCUUUUUCCAAGAAGGAAAAAUGCAUGGUAUUUCAGUCCAAGGUGCCUCUGCCUGGAUUCACAAAAGCGGUUGAGGGAGAGCAGAGGUGAGAGGGAUGAUGUGGUGGAUUAUCUGUCGGUAAUCAUCAAGAGAAGAAUGACCAUAAAAAUGCAACUCAAGAUCGGCAUCCAGGUCCUUUUGUGGCUUUGGUCUGGACAAGUGCUACACGAUGUGGUAGCAGGCAGGAGUCAAACCUCGCAAAUGACUGGCUCACCCGUGUCUGAUGCAAACCUGCUGUUUGAGAUUUUACUGGGCGGGGUAGAAAUCGACCGGGACAACAACAUCCUCCUGCACGAUAAGGAGAUGGCAUCGAUGAGGCCGGGACGUGCGUUCCUGUCUCAGAUCAAUGAUAACAUUCCCAGAGACCUGAGCUCCAUGGUGCAGGCGGUGACCACACAGGAGGGGCAGAGGAGGAGGCCACUGACUCAGACACAAUUUGAGAAUCUUGUCCUGAGCAUGGUGUACUCUGCCUACCAGGCCAGGCGUCAGGAGGGGGAAGAGGAGCAGGCGGCCUGGAGCGGAGUGCUCCUCCAGCUGGCCAAUAUUACAGUCCAUGAACUACGUGGAAGUUAUCUCUUCAAUUACACUUAAUCCACCCGCUGCCCAUCUUUAUGAAAUAAAGGAGCAUUCAAUAAA